GAAGGAGAGUUAUUUUUGGCAGAGAUAAAUCUGAUAUUGUGACCUACAUUCCUUUAUUGCAGGCAGGGCAGGGAUAAUAUCCCCACCUGUGAUUUCCUUCACACUUUGGAAGAAAAAAGGGAAUUUCACAAUGGUAUUUUCCAGGCCUGUGAGAUAAGGAGGGAUGAGAAGGGAAGGAAAUGACUGCAGGAGCUGUAGCUCUCCUGCCCCCGUGGAAGUGUGACUGGUAUGGGUAAUGGUGUGAGAGAAGGUCCAGUGGAAUUCCAGAGGGAUGUGGAGCCCGUCACGGCCCGAAUUCCGGCAGAGGAUAACCAGGAGAAGAAGAAAGUGCUGAACUCCCUGAUAUCUGGGGCACUGGCUGGGGCUGUGGCUAAAACUGCAGUGGCUCCUCUGGACAGGACAAAAAUCAUGUUCCAAGUGUCUUCAAAAAGAUUUUCUGCCAAGGAAGCCUACAGGCUGAUUUAUCACACCUACCUCAACGAGGGCUUCUGGAGCCUCUGGAGAGGGAAUUCUGCCACCAUGGUCCGCGUCAUCCCCUACGCCGCCAUCCAGUUCUGCGCCCACGAGGAGUACAAGCAGAUCCUGGGGAAUUACUACGGAUUCCAGGGAAAGGCACUGACACCUUUCCCUCGCUUCAUUGCCGGCUCCCUGGCUGGCACCACGGCUGCCAUGGUCACCUACCCCCUGGACAUGGUCCGUGCCCGCAUGGCUGUCACGCCCAAGGAGAUGUACAGCAGCAUUGUCCACGUCUUCAUCCGGAUCUCCCGGGAGGAGGGGCUGAAAACCUUGUACAGGGGCUUCACACCCACCAUCCUGGGCGUCAUUCCCUACGCCGGCCUCAGCUUCUUCACCUACGAGACGCUGAAGAAAGUCCACGCAGAGCACAGCGGGAAGGCGCAGCCCUCGCCCCCGGAGCGGCUCCUGUUCGGGGCGUGCGCCGGCCUCAUCGGGCAGUCGGCCUCGUACCCGCUGGACGUGGUGCGGCGCCGCAUGCAGACCGCCGGCGUGCUGGGCCACACCUACAGCUCCAUCCUGCUCACCAUGCAGGAAAUCGUCAGGGAGGAGGGACUGGUGCGAGGGCUCUACAAAGGGCUCAGCAUGAACUGGGUGAAGGGCCCCAUCGCCGUGGGGAUCAGCUUCACCACCUUCGACCUGACGCAGAUCCUGCUCCGCAAGCUGCAGCAGAGGUAGUGGCUGGGUGGCCAACGUGUAGAAAGAGCAGUUGGUUCUUCCCUGGCCUCCCACGUGCUCCUGCAGCUGAGAACUCGCCCGUUUGGGUUUUGGUUUGUUGGUUUUUUUUUUUUCCCGUUGUUGUUGGAUUUUUUAUUUUUUUUUUUUUUUUUCCCCCACACUUUUUAAUUUGGAAGCCUAACUGUUCCCUAAGCGAAAAAUUCCCGACCCUGCAGAGCUGAGUCCUCCCAAGCAGCUGCCUCACCCUUCUGAUGGACUCUGCCCCCAGGAGUGGAGCCUCCCCACCCCACCUGUGCUGCUCCUGGCUCCUCACCUGGCUCUCCGAGGGCAGAUGGAAGCUGUGGAUGAUGGAAGAGGGGGCUCGGAGCUGUUGGGAAUGAACCCCUGGAUGUGGGAAGUGGCAGAUCUGCAGCUCCCUGCAGCCUGCCAAGUGCAAUAUCCCAGUGUAGCCCGCAGGGAAUUCCAGGUUCCUGUGAGAGCAGGACACUACGCUUGUUCCGAAAGCUGAAUGUUUUCUCUGGCUGGGAAUCCUGCCGUUUUUCCAUGAAUUUUCCUUGGUUUUGGGUUGAGCUGCAUCAACCACCCUCGUUUGUGGCGUCCCUCUGAGAUUACCAAAGACUGGAGGCAGCAGAGGAGGGGAGUUUUGAGCCCUUCCAUAAAGGAAAUUUUCCCCUGUGUGUUGUCGCUGAGCAAGGGCUGUGCCUGGAUUCCCAAACUGGAUCCGCUCCCAGCUGCGUUCGUGUUUCCCUUCUGUGCUGCCCUGCCCUGGAGAGAUGCAGCGUUUUCCAGGGGUGUGGAUGCACUGAGGAAAGAGGAGUUACAUCCUUCACAAUCCCAUUUGUUUUGGUCAGUGUUAUGGCUGCUGUGUGCACCGAGAACAAACCCUGCUGCAGCCGGGGCUGUCCCCAAAAAAAACCUGUCCCUGGGAGCUGAUCCCAGCUCCUGGAUCUCCUGCUUGUCCUUUUUGGUACCUGCUGUGUAGGUGGUGUCACCUCUGCUCACAAACUCAUCCCCUCAGCUGUUUUAUCCCUAAAAUUCCUCUUGGAAUUGAGUCCUUGUGGGCACCGCAGCGUUGACCCUACAGUGCCAAUCGCUUCCAGCUGGAAUUGGACAAGGAGUGCUCAAGAACUUCUCAGUGUUCCUCUUUGAAAUCAGUUUUUCAGGGAAAUGGAGAUUUUUUUUUUUUUUUUUGGUGGAUGAUCCAUCCCUCUGUUAAAAUCCAGAGGUCAGAGCAGACUUCAGACUCCUCUGGCAAUCAGCACAAACCGAGGUGGGAAAAUCCCUUUCCAGAGAGUCCAUAAUGUGAGGAAAAACCCCCAAAAUUUAACUUAAAACCUGUCCUUUCCUGCUUGUUGUGUAUUUUAGCUGUUGUAGCCGGAUGGGAUGAACGGGAAUGGAAGGAAUUGCACAAGGGGGGCAGGAGCAGCCUUCUCCUUUCUUUUUUUGUCUUUGCACUUCUUUGGAGCAUGAACCUGCUCCCGAUGCCAAAUAUUUCCUUAGGAAUCAGGGAAGGUGGGAAUGGCACUGGAGUGUUGACACACAAAUUAUUCCCAGGGCUGGGAUGGGGCAGACUGGAGCUGGGAUUUGACCUCAGGAAUUCUGCCCCCGAGCCCAGCAGGGCGGCACAUUCCCUGAUUUCCCUGGGAAUUAAAGAUCCCCGGGGUUUUGGGAGGCCCUGGAGGGUGAUGGCCACGAAUUCUGGGUCAUUUUGGGGUUUUUUUUGGGCUGCUGGAAAACUCCCAGCUCUGCUUUCCCUUCACUCAGCCCCCAAUUUCUUUUCUCCAAUGGAGAAGCCGAUUAUCCUGCUCUUGUCCUGAUCCAGAGGGAGGAAUUCCCACAGCACUUCCAGCAGUGCUUCUGUCCCCGUGUCCUCUCCCUUCCCUGUCCCCUCCCAGCUGGGAAAAACAGGAAUUCCAGGAGCCUGGGGGUGCUGAAAAGUUGUUCCUUAAUUAGCAGCUGCACCUGAUUUAAAUUCAGCAGAAUUUCAGCCAAUUUUCCCACAAGUUUUGCAGGCUGGGUGUUUGUCCAGGGGCAGAAUUUGAAUUCAGCCUGUGAUGGUUUUGGUGCUUUUGUUUCUCAGAGCGUGUUGCUGCUUUGGGUUGGUUUAAAAAGCUUUUUUUUUUUUCCCCUUUUUUUUUUUGGUUUUUUUGGUUUUUUUUUGAAUGUAGAAACUGGGAAACAGAGUGUUCCCUUCCCUUUUCUUCCCUGCAUGGAUUCAGACACGUUCCAGAUCUUUUUCUGAGGUGUGCUGGCCAGGAAGAGCUCUGAGAAAGGAAACAACUCAAAACAGGAGUUUUUCCUUUAUUUCCCCCCCUUUUUUUUUCCCCAUUCCUCUAAUUCCCUAAUUUUUUCAUUUUACUCCUCUCAGAUUUAAUUUCCCACUCACCCUUCACACAGACCCUUAAAACAUCACCACCAAAUUUGUGCUUUUUGGUUUUUAUUUCCCUCUUCCCUCCUCCUGCUUCUUCCUGCACCUUGAGCCCCGCACUGGCACUUCGAGAAAACCAGGUCCAAAAAAACGCACCCAAAACGUCAAAAUUGCAGCUUUUUAGUGUUCUCCAACACCUUUUCCCCUCACAGCCUGGAUACUCCAGGAAUUUCAGGCACCACGGGCUGGUUUUGAGCUCCUCGUAUGGUUUGGAAUUUUCACUUUAUACAUUGGAGGGGCUGAUUCCCCCCAUUUUCCCCCUCUCUUUUUUCCCCUUUUUUGCCUCAUUUUCUCCCCCCUUUCCCUCCCUUUUUGCCCCCCUUUUUUCCCCUCUUUUUUCCUCCUUUUUCCCCCUUUUUGCCUCCUUUUCUCCCCCCUUUUUUCCCCCCUUCCCCCCCUUUUUCUCCCCUCUUUUUCCCCCCCUUUUCUCCCCUUUUGCCUCCUUUUCUCCCCCUUUUUCUCCCCCAUUUUCCCCCUUUUCCCCCCCUUUUCCCCUUUUUUCCCCUUUUUUCCCCUUUUUUCCCCUUUUUUCCCCUUUUUUCCCCUUUUUUCCCC